AUGUUGAUUUUCGAAGAUGGUCAGAAUACUGCGCAGGAGAAAUUGUGCCGCGCUUCGAGAAAGUACGUCAUCUACACGAGCGCCACGAGCAGCGUCGUCGUGUACGUCAAGCAGCAGCCACAGCAGCCACAACAAAAACAGCAGCAACAGCAGCAGCAGGUAGAUUAUUUCAAUCCGACGGCGGAGAUAGCGAAACUGAAAAGAAAGUUAAUCGGGCAUGAUUCGGACAUGAGUCCCAUCGUUCUGCUGCAAUAUCAAGCCAUUGGCUGUCCCACGUUAGCCCCGCCCCCAGGGGCCACAGUGACCUACACCAAUGAGAACACGGCAUCCAUCAAGUGCAACAAAACGGAAGAGACCUGGUCCCUCUCGUGCGAAAGAAACGUAUGGAGUGGCGACAUCGCUAACUGCACCGACGUUCCAGAAUUCAGUGAUCCGAUGGGCAGAGACGCCAAUCCGUUCGUAUCAAGCUUCACGUACUUUCCAUACAGUCUAGCUACUGCAGUAACAAUUGGUGUACUUCUUGGCAUAGUCGUCGGCUCGGUGCCUCUGGGUCUCGCUUAUGCCUUCUUGAAGAGGCUUCAGAUAAUCUUGCUUUUCAUCGAGAAAUUAAUUUUCAAAAUGAAAAAAAAUUAA